UCUUUUAGCUUGAUUAUGAAUUGUUGCUUCAAGUUAUUGGAAAAUCAGAAUACAGUUCGAUGCAAAUCUACAAAGAAUGCCAUUUUUAAUCUUCUUGGUAUUUUAUUAAAAAAAUAUAAAAACAGCUUAAGUUGCAGUUUAAAAAUUAUACAAUUUGUGCAGCAUUUUGAUUAUUUAGUUUCUCCUCUGGCUCAAGCAGUUGAAUUAUUUGUAAAUGAAUAUGGUAUUAAUAAUAUUGUGAAUGAAAUAAUAAGGGAAAUAAGUCAAAUGGACAUUCAAGAUUUAAUUAGAGAUAACACAGGUACCAAAUCAGUCUCCCUGUUCCUGGUUGAAAUUACAGAAAAAAUUCCUUCUGUAGUUUUACAUUCUUCAAGUCUCUUGCUUCAUUUUCUUGAUGAAGAA